UCUUCUCGAGAUCUUUCGUUUGCUUCGCGCACCAUGGUGGCCGAGUCCUCUGUUUUUGGUAACAUGGAUGGAAUCGUAAUUUCCUCGUGGUUCCACCAGUAAUUGAAUUUUGGUCCUGUGUUUUUAUGAAUAUCGUUCUAUGAUUCCUUAUUUCGUACAACAAUUUAUUCUGGUUAAUAGCUGAAGAUGGAUUUAAGCGAACACGAAUUGGCAGAUUUAGAGGAACGCUUAUAUUCUCGCAUUCACCAUGCAACAGAAGGAUCUGACUCGCGAAACGAAAUUAGUUCACUACCGUCAAUGAAUGUAACGGCCGUUUCGUCGAAUUCUUCAAAAGCGGAAGCCCCCACUAUUCCUAUUCCGGUCCGAUUGGUGACGGAUAAAUCAGUCAUUAAUAAUGCUCGACGUACCGCAGUCACUGCCUCUUCGAAAAUCAAACGAUAUUGGGAUUCCCUUCAACAACAAACCCUAUCUUACCCUGGUAUAAACAAACCCAAGAAAACAGGACCAGCUGAAGUGAAAAGUGUGGAGAAUAAUGGAACUGGUCAGGUAAAAAAAGUCUUUACACCAUAUCAAUCGAUUAUUAAUUCUAUGAGAGGAGAUUCGGUUAGCGGAGGCAGCAACACGGAUCAUCCACAAGAACCUAAACAAAAACGAAGAAAACAUUCUCCAAAUGACGGUAAACAAUCUAAUAAUCCAAGUGGCAGUCGUCAUCGGAAGAUGGAUCAGCUUAAGAAGAUUAGGAAAAAAAAGAGUAAAGCUGUAAAAAGCCGGCAAAGAUCAGAAACGGGCGAACAACGUCUAGUGGCAACGAUUGAUCUUGAUACUUCCUCUGAAGAAGAAGGCGAAUAUGUUUCUCCAGACCCGAUAAAACAGGAGAAUAAACAAAAGGAUGCUCAACUGGAAGAUUUGAUCGAAGACUCAGAUCCGGAUGAAGUAGUUUUAAUACCUUCAGCUCCUCCACCUUUGGUAUGCAUUGAGGAUAGCGAAGAUGAUGGGGCCAAAGAUAAUUUUACACAUCCCAAAUCAAAGAAAAAGAAGAAGUCAAUUAAAAAAAUCAAUUCGCCGCGCUGCAUUAGUCCGUCGAAUAGUUCGAUUAUGUCCGACGACUUUUUAGGUCAAAGUGAUCGAAACAGAAUAAAUGAUAGUUUCAUUGAGGGAAUCAAUAACGAUGAAGAGUUGGACUGCACAGCCCCUCACACGGUCGGAUCUUUGCUUUCUGGUGAACGUACAGGCUUCGAGGAUGUUUCUCGUCAAGGGCGAGCACCUUCGAUAUCAUCGGAUUGUACAGUAGCUACUAGUAGUGAUACAACUGAUCCCGAUAAACGGAACGGCUUGAAACAGAUUCAAACCCUUGGUGGUCGAAAGAUUGGUGUCCCGCAGCUGUGCUCAACUCCCAAGCAAACAUUGGUUACCAAAAAAUCGUCUGUUGUUACUAAACCAGCUAAAUGUAUUGAAGAGGACAGCAUUUAUGCGGCUACAACAUCUAAAAAGUCUAAAUCGACAGAUAAACGCCCAAGCAGUGAUUCGUCCAAUGAAAGCGAUGGUGGAAAUGUCUCGUCUCAUUCGAAGCGGUCCAAAUCCUAUCAAUCAGAUACCAGCACUAAAAGCAUCAUGAAGCGUCGAAAGAAAUGCCAUAAGCAAGACUCCGAGCACUACUCGGAUGAAGAUUUUGCUUCCAUGUUGACCGAUAUCGUGCAGGCGAUUUCGGAGAACGAAGAGGAAACUUCUAAUAACUGUUCGACUCUGGCUACUAAACCGCAUAAAUGUAAUGAAGAAGACAAUAUUUGUGCAGCCACUACUUCUAAAAAAUCCAAAUCGACCGAUAAACGUCCCAGCAUUGAUUUGUCCAAUGAAAGCGAUGACGGGAAUGCCUCUUCUCAUUCAAAGCGAUCCAAAUCCUAUCAAUCUGACACAAGCACCGGUACUAAAACCCUAUUGAAGCGUCGAAAGAAACGACACAAACAAGACUCCGAACACUAUUCGGAUGAAGACUUUGCCUCCAUGCUGACCGAUAUCGUGCAGGCAAUUUCCGAAAACGAAGAGGAAAGUUCUGAAGAGGAGUUAGGCUCUUUUCUGGACAUCGCAGAAAAUCCCAUAAAUACGGAGCAACCGUCUGCCGCCCAGCAAGACGUCUCAACUGAUCAAUCGAUGGAAGCUCAUAUGGUUGUACAAGAGAAGCCGGAAGCUCAAACCAAUUUGCCACAGGUUGAGUUUAGGGCUCCAGAAUCAUCAGUUUUAGCCAUACCUCCAGAAAGUAGCAACACUUCGACGCAAACAGUGGUCACGAAGCCGACCCCGGUGGUCAAUUUGGUUGAACAAACGCGUGAUCAGUCCCAACCAGGAACUUCUCGGGAAAAGCGUGGUGAUGAUAUACCUGCUGAGAUACAGCAGAUGAAUGAUGAUCCAGAAUGCAGCUGGAAUGACGAGAUGCGAAAAUUUUACAACGAUUCCUGGAAUUGUGAAGAUUUCAACAUUUCGACUGUGUUGUUCAAUAUGCCACGAGCUAACAAGUAUUGGCCAAUCGUGCACAAGGACAAAUAUCCUGAUCCACCCAAGAAGGAGAUAAUUUGCAAUAAUUGUGGGGAACGUGGCCAUAUGCGCUACAAGUGUCGCAAUCCCCCCAAACCGAAAACCUGCUACAUGUGCGGACUCGCAGGUCACCAGGAGGUUCGAUGCCCAAAUACGUUAUGCCUUAAGUGUGGUGAGAAAACCAGAAAUUUUCUACGUGGUUGCCAGUCGUGUUCCCGCGAGCAGAACAUUACAUGCCAUUUAUGUGGCAUACGAGGCCACGGUCAUCGGAACUGUCCGGACAAGUGGCGCCGAUACCAUUCAACGACCGAGGACAAUAAGCCCCUGGUGCAGCAGUACGUCCGCAAUCCGAAUGCCAAGCAUUGUUGCAUUUGUUCCCGAGCUGGGCAUCAAGCGCACAUGUGCAACGCUGCGCUGAGAAUUUUCGGCCAAUUGGUCCCCACAACGGAAAUCAAAAGCUAUCAACCGGUGUAUCAAAUGAACGAGCGCGUUCAGCAGCAGAGUCUGAACAAUGGAGCAAAAUUUAAUCUAUUUAGCAAUCUGACCCACUAUCAGCUCAAUUUCGAUGAAUCCUUCGCUGCUAAUGAGAAAAGUUUUUACUACCGGUUUGCGAAAUCGGUUGGAAUCGUAGAAGAAAAAAAGCGAAAAGCGGAAAAACUUAGUCGAAAGCUGCGAAAAGAAGCAAGGAAGCAAAAAAAUACUGAAGUUGGUCGAAAUAUCAACACCUUCACAGAUGAAACAGUCGUUAUCGAUGAUGAUUCAACAGGUUUCAGUGCUCAGGGCAAAGAAGAUUCACCACAGAGUAAUAUCAAUGGUAACCAAACUAAACCAACUAAUGAAGAUUCGAAUUACAGUUUUUCUGAGUUCUAUGAAGACGAAUCUGCCAACCUACCUCAGCCGUCAGAGCCCAUGCCGGAUUUCAUACCUUUGGUUUCGACUGAAACGUCAAUCAAUACGGCGGCAACUGUACAACAGUUUACCGAUGCCAAAAUUUUCCUCACCAAGCCCCAUGCCAAAAUCCUGUUAGGGCCAAUUGGCGCUGCGUUCCUUAAAGAUGCGUCAUCGAAGUUUUCCCUUAAGGUCAGCAUUUUGUUCCAAACGGUGGGUAACGUUCUAUUGGCAAACGGACAGUCUGCUGAUCAGGACAACUUUCACAAUGAACUGGUCAAAUUUCUGAACAAUGCUUCACACCAGAAUGAGCAAUUGAAACUCAUCAAUAAUGUACCGAAAGCAACCGAAAAAAUAAUCCGCUUUAUCACAGACCAUCUGUUGCUACUUACACGACCUUACGAAAAUGCGAAAGUACUUUUUAAGCGGUAUCAGCAUUUUGAAGGGCAAGGCGCAAACGCCAAAACUUGCGAUAAAAUUAGGCGAACUUUGAACAUCAUUCUGUUUGGACAGUACGGUUUGCGAGCAGGUCGCGAACAUCUAACAAAACUGCAGAACAACUUGAACGAACUACAGAAUACGGCUGAAGCGAAUGCAUCAUCUGAUUUCCGUGACGAGAUCAACCAACACAUUCGGUACAUUUUCACUUCUUUUGACCAUGCGAAUUAUGAGGAUAUUAUAAAUGAGUUCGAUAUGUUACGCAAGAAUAGGAAGCUCAACAAAAUCACACGAGAGCAACUGAAUUUGCCUAAGUUAAUGGUUCAGAAGCCUGCGAAUGAUUCGUUCAAUCUAUCCAAAGAUUUGGACUUCGAAGUCGACGGUAAUACAUCCCAAAUUAAUAGCACCAUAGAUGAGGACCUGAUUCUGAAUACUUCGGAUCAAUUGAUCGAUUUAGCGCGAAGUCCUGUCAACUUUGAUGAUCAAUCCUAUGAGGAUUCAAACCGAUUGAUGGUGAACCCGCUUCUCAACACCGCACCAAUACAUCAGAAGAAACACAUUACGAAAAAAAUGCAACACGUCGGGAUGCUCGUGGAGGAGAGCAGACACAUGGUCCAAAUGUUGAAUAAUGCUGCCAUUACGGAAAAAUUUGAACGGAUAUCCAGCAGAAUCAGAAAUGGACGGCUGUCCAAAACAGACUACCGUAUGCUGAAAAAGAUUAAUUUAUUGCUACGAAAUAAGCUCAAUCGUAAGUAACAAGGGGCACCAUAUAAUUGAAGAGCAAGGUUUUUAAUUCAGAUUAUAAUUCUUCCGUUUUUUUCUUUGUGAAUGGCGGCAACAAAGUUGCGUUUAGUUUUUCAAUACAGUACUGUGAAGUGCA